UUUUCUUUUUUGACAACUUCUCAAAUAACAACUACUUGGUCACUCAGCUUCAUAGAAUUGAAAUUAAAAAAAAAUGCCGGAAGAAAAUAAAAAUCAAAUUGACUUAUCCGGGGACGGCGGCGUCCUUAAGGAGAUCCUUAAGGAAGGAACAGGUUCGGAGACUCCGCACAGCGGUUGCACCGUGUCUCUGCACUACACGGGUCGCCUGGUCGACGGUACGGAGUUUGACUCCAGCGUUAGCCGCAAUGAACCCUUCGAGUUUCCGCUCGGCAAAGGCAAUGUUAUCAAGGCCUUCGACAUGGGGGUGGCCACCAUGAAGCUCGGUGAGCGGUGCUUCCUCACAUGUGCUCCCAAUUACGCUUACGGUGCUGCCGGCAGCCCGCCCGCCAUUCCACCAGAUGCCACUCUGAUUUUUGAGCUGGAGAUGCUGGGAUGGAAAGGAGAGGAUCUGAGUCCUAAUCAGGACGGCAGUAUUGACCGCACCAUCUUAGAGGCCAGCGAUAAGAAACGCACUCCCAGCGAUGGUGCAUUCGUCAAAGCUCACAUUUCUGGAACUUUCGAAAAUCGCGUAUUUGAGGAUCGUGAUGUGGAGUUCGACUAUGGGGAAGGCAAGGCCAUCGGUAUUAUCGAGGGAGUGGAGAUUGCCCUAGAGAAGAUGAACAUAGGCGAGACCUCCAGACUAAAAAUUCAAGCCAAAUAUGCGUUUGGAGCAGAGGGCAAUGAGGAAUUCAAGAUUCCACCCAAUUCAGCAGUAGAGUACACAGUUAAGCUUGUAGACUGUGGUAAAGGACUGGAGGAGUGGAAACUGAGCGACGAAGAGCGCUUGGCAGAAGCCAAAGUCUACAAGGAGAAGGGCACUAACUACUUUAAGAAGGAAAACUGGGCCCUGGCCAUUAAGAUGUACACAAAAUGUAAGAAUCUUCUUCCCAACACUGCCGAUACCAACGAGGAGGUGAAGAAGAUCAAGGUGGCCACACACAGCAACAUUGCUUUGUGCCACCAAAAGUCCAACGAUCACUUCGAAGCUAAGCAGGAGUGUAACGCUGUUUUGGAUUUGGACGCGAAUAAUGUGAAGGCCCUAUAUCGUCGUGGUCAAUGCAACUUGACUAUCAAUGAACUGGAUGAUGCUCUUGAGGAUUUCCAAAAGGUUAUCCAAUUGGAACCUGGCAACAAGGCCGCUGCCAACCAAGUUAUCAUCUGUAAGCAGAAGCUCAAGGAGAGCAAGGAUAAGGAGAAAAAGCUAUAUGCCAACAUGUUCACCAAACUGGCCGCCAACGACAAAGAGACCGAACCACCGCGGGAAACUGACGUGCUUAGCAAGUGCGGCGAGUGGUCUGAAGAGGAUGCCAAGCGCGAAGCCGAAUUGACGUUAGAACGCGACAAUAUUAUCAUGAUCUAAACCAGAUCGACUAGUGCUUUAAGUAAUAUUCCCUAGGGUUUAUAAUCCCACAUCGAAAAUCCAGUAAUGUAAUGAAGAAUUGGUCUUAAUGCCUAUUAUAUGAAAUAAAUAAUCGCUUUGAGAGCUA